AUGAAGUCAGGCAUGAGAUUCUUUGACGAAAGAGAUGACAUUUACAGCUAUUUCAGAGGAUAUGAGUAUGAGGUACUGAAUGAAGUAGAUGAGAACGUUAUUGAAGGAUAUUUGAAACAUGUUCACGAUGUCAUAUGUAAUGAGGAUGAAGAGCUUUAUGAGUAUGUUUUGAACUGGUUCGCCUACAUCGUUCAAAAUCCUUGUGGAAAGACUGGAACAGUACUUUUGUUAAUAGGAAAGCAAGGAACUGGUAAGAAUGUACUUAGUAAUGUUCUAUGCGAGCUCAUUAGCAAGUACGCCAACAAUAAUAUAACGGCAAUAGAGAAUGUGGUUGGUAGAUUCAAUGCUGCUAUUGAGAACAUGAAGCUCAUCGUAUGCAAUGAACUAAGCUCAUGCGAUACGUCUAAGGUCAUGAACCACGACGCACUAAAGUCAAUAGUAACAGAGACUCAGUUGGACUUAAAUCAGAAGUGUCAGCCAGUAAGAAAGAUAGAGAAUGUUUGUAAUAUCAUCAUGAUAUCUAACAACUUCAACUCAGUAAAGAUUGAUAAAGACGACAGAAGAUUUGUUGUCAUUGAC